CAAGUGCUCGGAUAACCGAGUGAACCGCGUGAUAACGAUGAUAAAGAAAUGACACAUCAAAAACGAGACAGACAAUCAGAUGUAGGUUUGAGGUUUCAUUGGAGGAAAGAGGACAGAUCCUGGGGAUGAAACCCAAAGCGAUUAACUUCCGCCAAAGAUCGCGUAGGUAUUAGUUACUUAUAAGGCCAAAUGGGCCCAUCUUAUUCUCCUCGCUUGAACAACUCGGUCACUUCUAAAGUUCGCUCAGAACCAUCCAGACGUAGUCUACCAGGCGUUUUUAAGUAGUGAAGCCAAAGAAAAGGCAAAAGGCAAGUUUUAGCGUGACCGGCUUAGAGCUGUAGUGAGAGCGACUAACUAGUGAUUAACUAGAGAUUACCUAGUGAAGUUAGGAGAAACAAAAUUAUCGGGAGUGUUACAAGGUGAAUUCUGAGGUGUUCAGAACACCUUGAACGUAGAUAGUGUGACAUCCCGAAACCAUAGCAGACAAGAUCUCGUAUUUCCGAAGAUCGACACAGAGAAAAGGUAAAGAUUUGUUAUGUCAGUAGAAAACGGUGUGUUUUAAUAUGGUGUGUGUGGGUGGCUCAGCCACACCACGUGGCUUUUUUGUGUCUUCGUUAGUUUUUUCCGUGUAGGAUAACCUGUGGGCCUUCUCCACGUGCCGUGGAGGGACGAUUAGAUCCAGAGGUCGUUACAAGCUGGUUUGGAUCGUCUACAAAGUGCGCGGAGGCAAAAGUUUAGGGGAUUUGCAACGUGGAGGAUCAGAAGAACAUCUCCCCCUUCCGAUUCGGCAGAGGCCGUAGGUCGAUCGAGCAACGAUCGCGGAAGAUCCCCCGUGCACCCGGACAUAAGCCUCGAGAACUGAAUCUACAGCGCGUAUCCGAAAAGAAGAUCCGUAGACCCAUCGUGGAGACCACGUGCGCUUCACCCACGCGACACGUGUGAACAAUCCAAGGCGUCGAGAAAACCGGGGUCUAGCGAAGACCAUCAAGCUAGGAGCGCAGCAUCGAGAAGAGCACAGGAGCAUCAUCAUCGGCCGCAACGGAAAACAGGUACCUGUAGUGAUAAGCCACGAACAAACACACCGAACGAUAUAGGGAUAGCUAGGUUUAGGUAGAUUGUGAGUACCAAUAAACGUGAUACCAAAUUGAUCCCUAGCGUCGAUUGCGAAAUAUUAGUGGUGGUUCGUUUUAUUUUGAGCGAGGAGAGUUUUGAUUAGAUUUUUUAAUUAUUGCGUUCGUACUGAGGUUUGAGAGUUAAGGUCGGUAUUUCGUUGGCGAGAGCUAAGUGUGAGUAGAUUGAGUACUCGGGAAAUCGAGUCGGGAAUCCGGUAAAUUGAGAACCUGCCCUGAGUGUCUCUCUCGGGUUUGUCGGGCUCAGACACACAGUAUUGGCAUCCUUGUAGUUUGCAAGGUUGGCGCUUAAGCUGGUACUGGAAUUGAUGUUCAGUUAAAAACACCCUCACUUUACAAGACGGUCGAAAAUUACGCAACAUUUGGACAAUUUACACAAAAUGACUCGUGAAUUAGAAGUAUAGAGACAAACGUACUGUUUAGUUUUGACUACUUUGAAAUAUAAGAUUUAUUUUUUUAUGUUGCCGAAACCCAUCGAUGACUCAUAGGGUCUCGUAGGGUCAGUGUUCGCAACAGCGAAUAAUAAUGGGUAUCCCUAACGCCGAUGAGGCACCGUCCGUGCAGAAUGACAGCAGCUAUCAAUGUUCCCUUUUCCUCUCCCAUCCUUGUUUUUUUUCUCUCUUACUAACCCGAGCCAGCCGUGGUAACGGCUUUUCAUCCACUAACACUAGCACGUAAGAAUUUGAAUUUCAAACAGCCAGCCAAUCACGAAUUGCUUUAUUAAAAUUUGUACAUCUUGUCUUUUUUAUUGCGUCUUAAUUUUCAAACUGGCUAACCUAUAAAAAUCAACCCAAACCAUGUAUCAGGAUCAGUCGUGAAUAAAUUUUUACUAAGUGAACACCGAUCGUAAAGUUAUUUUCCGGAAGAAAAGUGCCCAGUUUUGAAGCAGAAUGUUCCUGUUGUGUGCCUCGUUCCUGAUCCUGCUUCAACAGAUGCCGUUUUGCUGGAUUGAUCGCUGUCGUGUCGCCGCAGCUCAAUUUCCACGCAGGAGUUAAGUUAUUCAGAAAUUAAAUUACCGAAUCUGAGCAAGCGACACCGACGAGCAGAUUGUCUAGCAAAAUUGCGCUUUUGUUCCGUCGCGAAUCGUUGGCAGUGGGCCAACGCGGAUUAUCCUGGUUCGAGCGUAGUUGGCAGUGUGCCAACUGCUUUCUCCGUCUCUUGCUGGCAGUGGGCCAGCAAGAAAUCAAUCCGCCGUCAUCCAACACGUUGGCAGUGGCCAACAUAGUGGUCCUUCUGCUCCGGAUCAGUGAAAAAUGCAGUCCGCGAGCCGCGGGUGAUUUUCCUGCUUUCCGCCGAAGUGAAAUGAAGAAAACUCCGAGAAAGUGAAAAGACGAACAUUGUGCCUAGUUGGUGAGAACAGUCACCGUUGAAGUGUGUGUGAACAGUAACUGAACAGUAAAAAGAAAAUCAAAACUAGAACGCAGAAAAAGGUGUGUGUUUUUCCGUCUGGCAUCAUCGUGUGUUUCUUCGGUUGAUCUUCCUGUAGUAACAAUCCUAUAUCCCGAUGUCCGUCGGUCGAACUCCGAUCAAAACCGUGAAGGAAAACAUGGAGGAGGUUAAGUCUCUGGUCCACCAACGUGGCCAGGUUAAAGGUAAGGUAACUUUGAUAUCCAAUGCCUUGGAAAACGCCGAACAAGAUCCCUCUCAGGUGAGUCUACCUUUACUCAAAGUGUUUGAUAAGAAGUUAGAAGGUCAUUACACCGAAUAUUUGAAAUUUCAUAAGGAGAUUCUUUGUGCUACCCCUCCUAGUAAAAUCGAUGAGCAAGAUGAAAAGCUCAAUGAAUUCGACAAGCUCCACACCGAUUGUUUGGUUCGGUUGGAAAAUCUUAUUCAUGGCUUGAGUAAACCAGCCAUUUCCCCCCAAGCAAAUUCCGUUGCGCCAGCUAGUGCCACUCAAGUUAUCGUUCAACAACAGCCGCUCAAAGCACCCAUCCCUACAUUCGAUGGUCGCUAUGAGAACUGGCCUCGGUUCAAGUCAAUGUUUCAAGACAUUAUGAGCCGAUGUUCCGAUUCCGAUGCUAUCAAACUGCAUCAUCUAGAAAAAGCACUAGUUGGUGCCGCUUCCGGCAUUCUAGAUGCCAAAACGCUCUCUGAUAACAAUUAUUCACAUGCUUGGGACAUAUUGAUUGACAGGUAUGAAAACCCGAGAGUCAUUAUUGACACUCACAUAGACGGGCUUCUAGCUAUGAAAAAGAUGUCUAAUGAAUCCUAUAAAGAACUGCGUGAAUUGGUGGACACGUGCACUCGGCACGUCGAGGGCCUUAAGGUGAUGAAGCAACCAAUUCAGGGGACAACGGGAUUGAUCAUUAACAAAAUUUUGACUUCGUGUCUUGACCCUUCCACUCGUAAGCAGUGGGAGCAAUCUCUUGCCCACGGUCAGUUGCCCGAUCUUGACAGGACACUGACAUUCCUGAAGGAACAAUGCCGUGUCCUUGAACGUUGUGAAGCAGAUUAUCCUACGACAGCUAAGUCACAUCCAUCGAAACCGUCUCAACAAUCUGUUAAGCCUGCAAACGUGAAGGUUCAUGCCACAACUUCCGACUCCAACGUGGAGCUUUGUCAGUUUUGUGGCAGGAAUCAUUUCAAUUAUCUUUGUCCUGAAUUUCGGAAACUGUCGGUAUCGGACAGAGUCGCGAAGGUAAGAGAGUCACAUCCCGAGCAGAAUCUGACAACAAAAUGAUAGCAAAUCAACAACUUGAUUUGUAUUCAACAGCAAAUUGAUAUCACAUUUUGAUAUCAGUUGGUCUUGACUAAAUUUGAUUUCAAACUUAGAUUUCGUUUUGCUGUCACUUCAAACUAUUUAAAAAAUAAGUUUUUAAGUUAUUCCAUAGCUUCUAGGCAAUCUUGUAUAAUAACUUCAGGAAUAUACCAUUAGUGUAGUUAUCUUAUGGCAUUUAGGAUUUAAUAUCAAUCGAAAAACUCAUAUAUUUAACGAUUUUUCCAUUUCUUCGUACUGAUAGCAAAAACAGUUAUCAAUUUGCUAUCACUGAUAGCAGGAAUUGUUUUCAGCUUGCUGCUACGGGAACAUUUUUCUGCUCUCAUUUUUGAUGUUUUAACCGUUAAAACGACCAAAACGACAACAACCUGAGUUAUCAAAAUUUGCAAUAUCACAACAUCAAAAUUUGUUUUCAAUUUGCUGUCAGACUUUGCUCGGGAUGUUUGUUUUAACUGCUUGCGUCGUGGACACCGGUCCGUCAUUGGCGUAGCUAGGGGGGGUUCCAAGGGUGCCUGGCACCCCCUGGAACACAUUUGGCACCCCCUAGAUUUUUUUAUUGACAGACACCUGAAAUUAAAAACUUAACACAAUAAUUCUAAUAUUUAUUAAUGGCACAUUUCAACAAAACUUAAGCACACCCAGAAUUACUUGUAUACUUGUUGUACGUUUUGGCGUUUACGAUAUUGGUAAGAACAAUUAACAGACUUCUCUAUGGAUUUCUCCAGAAACACAUCUAUCUAUUCAUACAGUGAUUUCUCUAGGCUUCCUCAUGGAUUCCUACCGAUUUUUCUUUCAAUAAACAUCCCUUAGCAUUCUCCACGCAAUCCCCAUUAGGACUCCUUUCAGAAAUACUUCUAGGGAAUUCUCCUGGCAUACUUACUUGAUGCAAUACUUUCGGGAAAUCCUCCUGAGAUUCCUCCAGAAAUUCCUCCUGCAAUUCCAUCACGGAUUCCUCCAGUAUACUUCUACCGAUUCUUUCAAGGAGAACUGUAGGUAUUCAUCCAGGCAUUUGUUAGAGGAACUACUUCUAUGAUACCUCCCGGAAUUCUAAGAAAUCCUCCAGAUAACUGUGGAACUUUAGAAAUUAUGCUACGGAUUCUUCUAGAGCUUUCUCCUGGCUUUUUUGCUGGGAUCUUUCCAGGCUUCCUGGGAUUCUUGCAGAAAUUUGAUUGUUCUACCACGGAUUUCUCCAAGGACUCAUCCAAGAAUUCCUUCAGAAAUUUUAUCCAAAGAUUCCUCCAGAAAUUCUUGCCGAAUCUCCUUUUGGCCUUCCUCCAAGGAUACCUCAAGCAACUUUUCCUGCGGUUCUUCCAGCAAUUCCUCCAGAAAUUCUUACUAGAA